AGUACAUAAUAGCAGCCAGCAGGCAGCGAGUAUUUGGUGAUUUUUAUUUAUGUUGUAAAAAAUUUAAUUGUUAUAUUUUCUACUAUAAAUAAUAAUAUAAUUAAUGUAUGAUAAUAAUAUGAUAUAAAUACACGAAUAUAUUACAAUAUAUUGAAAACUCAAUAAUAAAUGCUUACAUUUUCUCUUUGACAAAAAUUACUAUUUAAAAACACAAAAUGGUUUUAGGCCCAUUGGAUCAUUCUAUUCAAACAGAUAUCAUAUUUGUAAUAGAGAAAACAGCAAUGAACACAUAUAUAAGUGAACUCAAAACAAAUUAUGUGACUCCAACGUUAGAAUACUUUAACCAAGGACCUAUUGACGAACGAGAGUAUUUGUCUGAAAGUAGCAGUGCAAUUUAUGGUAUUGUAGUGUAUGAAGCAAAUGAUUGUAAACCAUUUCCAUGUUGUCGUUCUUAUGGGACAUUUACAAGCCCACAAAAAGUUAUAAAAAUUAUUGAAAAAAUUGACAUGAUUGGUGGUAUGGCUGAAUCUCAUGCUUACAUGGGUGAAGGUUUAGCCACGGCCCUGGUUUUCUUUGAGGACUUGCAAGAAAUCCGAGAAGCUAAGCAAAGACAUUGUAUACUUAUAUGUAAUUCACCACCAUAUAAUUUUCCAAUUAUGGAAUGUGAAACAUAUGCUGGCCGUAGUGUUGAUCAAAUGGCAAAUCUUUUCCAAGAAAAAGGAAUUUUACUCUCAAUUUUGUCAGCUAGAAAAACUCCUGCAUUAUUAAAAUUGUUUGAAAAAGCUGGUGGUGAUUUACAAAUUUCUCAAAACAAAAAUUAUGCAAAAGAUCCGAGGCAUCUAGUAUUACUCAAUGGAUACAGUCUAAAAGAACGACCAAUGAGCCCAACUCCUGCUACAACUCAUUCUGGUUUAUCUAUGACAAGUCCAUUGUCUACAAAUGUUAACAUAGGAUCACCAGUUGCUCCAUGUACUCCAUUUAGAACUACUAAUCCGGUUUUGGCUAUGCAAAAUCAAGUUCAACAACAGCAACAACAACAGCAGCAGCAACAGCAACAACAUCAACAACAACAAGCUGUUCAGGCAGCCCAACAAGCUGUAGCUGUAGCUCAACAACAACAACAACAACAGCAACAACAACAACAAGUACAACAACAACAACAACAACAAAUGAUUCGUAAUGUAAAUCAAAGUCAAAAUCAGCAAUACUCAAAUGUAUCUAAUACUGGUGGUUUUUUGAGACCUCCUCAAGCGCCUCGUAGUUGGCAAAUGAUGCAAACCCAACAGCGUCAACCAAAUCAAGCAAGUGCAUUAAUUGCGCAGUUAACAACACCUACAUUCCAACAAAGAUUAGAUAUGGCAUCACAACAACAAGUACAACAGCAACAACAGCAACAACAAGCUCAACAACAACAACAGCAGCAGCAAGCACAACAACAGCAAGCACAACAGCAGCAAGCACAACAGCAGCAAGCUCAACAGCAGCAAGUACAACAGCAGCAAGCACAACAGCAGCAAGCACAACAGCAACAGCAAGCACAACAACAACAGCAACAAGCACAACAACACCAAGUGCAACAGCAACAUCAGCAACAGCAACAGCAGCAAGCAGCUCUACGAAUUAUGAACCAACAACAACAACAAGUUCAACAACAGCAGCAACAAAAUGGACCUGGCAGACAAACUAUUUGGACAGGAACAUUAGAAUGGAUAGAAAAAUCAAAGAAUUUAAAUGAAAUACCGAAAAUAACAAGAAAUGUCCCUUGUAUUGUUUCAGCCAGUAUAAAAAAUGGAGAACCAGAACUAAAAGCAGAAACAUGGCCUGAAAAAUUAAUUAUGCAAUUAAUGCCCAAGAAUUUAAUAGGAAGUAUUGGAGGGGCUCAUUUGAAAGACUCAAAAUCCGUGGUUUUUCAACCUUCACCAUGUGAAGCAUUAGAAUCUUUAACAAAGUAUAUGACCAGUGGAUAUGCUGGCUGUGUACAUUUUAAUAGUGCUCCAACUUCUCAUAAUUGUGAUGUCAAGGUAUUAAUAUUACUUUAUACACACGAUAGAAAAGCAUUUAUAGGUUUUAUUCCAAAUGAUCAAGCAGCAUUCGUAGAUAGAUUACGCAAAUUAAUACAACAUCAAAAAGCGUCCUCAGCCAUAUUACGUCAAGGCCAGGUUGGAAUGGUAAUGCCUCAAAGCAAUAUGCCUGGACAGUUACAAUUACCACCUGGUCCAAAUAUGCCUGGUGGUCCAGGACCUAUCCAGAUGCCUGGGCUUAUGCCUAACAAUGCAUUGACAGCUUCUUUACAAAGUCAACCACAAUCUAAUUUAUCUGAAUUAAUGGGAUCCAACAAUUUUGCACCACAAAGUAAUCAGGUUGUCCCUAAUAGUCCAUCAGUUCAAAUGAUGCCUAGUCCUCAACCAACUGGGCAACCAGUUAAUAAUCCAAAUAUACCUAUACAAAGUCCUGGAGGUGUUGGCAAUGUUGGUGUUCGUCCAUCACAAGGCCAAUACAGUGAACAAAUUGAGAUGGCUAGAAAGCAAAAUUUAGCCAAGAUACAUCAGCUUCGACAAACACUUGAAGCAGCACAACAACAAGAAUUACAGUAUAAGUCUCAAAUGGAGAUACAAAGUCAUCAAAUGAACAUACCACAAAUGCAACAACGUUUGGAACAAGCUCAAAUGCAAGAAAACAUAUUGAAGUCUCAGCUAGAAAUACGUAAUCAAAUGAAUGUGCCCCAAAUGCAACAAAAUCUGGAACAUGCUCAAAUGCAAGAGACUAUAUUAAAAGCACAAUUAGAACAUCAACAAGAAGAACACAAAUUGAGAACCCAACAAUUCCAUAUCCAUCAACAGCAACAGCAGCAGCAGCAACAGCAACAACAGCAGCAGCAACAGCAGUCAAGGCAAAUGGUUCCUGGAAAUCAAUCACCACAAAUUAUGGGUAAUAAUGCACCACAGCAGAGAAUGCAAAUGCGACCCGUAAUGUCCAGCAAUCCUGGUCUUAGACAUUUAUUACAACAACAACCCCAAUACAGACAACAAAUGAUGGGCAUGCAGCAAGUUCCUGUAGCUCAAGGCAGAACCUUGCAACCUCAACAACAACAGCAACAAUAUGACGAAGUUCAUACCUUUGACUUUCUUAACUAAUUCAAUUAUAAAAUAACUUAUAAAUUUUAAUUAUGUAUUAAGUUUAUUUGGUAAAAUAAUGUGUCAU